AGUGUUAUGCAUUUAAAAUCGAAGAUUUUUCUCCCGUGCUCCAAACUCCUCCGGCUAGGGUUUGGAGUCGAUGGGCCUCUUUCUUCGGGACCCCUCUUCGGCAGCAGAGCCCCUCUACUUUCUCUUCCGUCUCUGCGUCGAGCCUUUGAUCUGUGGUCUUCGGCCGUUUCUAAUUGGGGCAUCAUAAAUCUGGUGCCUCUCCUCAACCUUUGUUUCUGCAAAUCGCGGGGUGAGUUUCCAGAUCUCUGCAAUUUUACUCUGUUUUCGCAACUUGGGCAGAGAGUGCUAGAUCUCUGCAAAAAAGCUCUGUUUUCGUCAUUGAACCACCAUCCCAAUCAUGGCAACAGAUGAAUUGGGUUCUAUGCUCAAUCGGAUUCGGAUUGCAGAGAACGAAGAUGGAAUUCUCCCAUUGCAUAUGGUUUGGAAACAGGAAGAUGCUACAAUGGACAAGUUACAAUUGGCCUCCCUCACUCCAGAGCAAUAUGAUUUCUCUACCAACCCAUUCUGGGUCCGCAUAUUCGAUGUCCCUGUGGGUUUACAUUCUGAGGAGAUUGGUUUCCUGAUUGGUAGUUCCUUAGGACAAGUUUUGGAAGUGGAUGAAGGUUUCAAGAAAGCUGUUAGAGUUAGAUUAGAAUUGAAUGUCGCCAAUCCAUUGCGACAUUUCAAGAUCUCUCAAAUUACUAAUACAGAAAGCAGGAAACUCCAGAUCAAAUAUGAAAGACUCCCAGAGUUUUGUUCUGUCUGUGGUUGCUUGGGACAUGUGGAGAAUGAUUGUGACAUUGCUCAUCGCAUUAAAGAUGUAGGUGGCAAAAUUAUCAGGCGCUUUGGUCCUUGGUUAAAAGCUGAACUUGAGAAUUCAUGGUGCCCAGACGAUUUUGACGCUCUGGAUGAAGCCUUCUGCAAAAAUACCCAAUUUGCGACGGGAUAUAAAGGCAUAUCUGAUACUGAGCAUUCUGAGAAUGGAGAAAACCAGUCACUUAAUACUAUGCCCCUCUGUGGAGGCCAAGUUGAGGGGGGUAACACUGUUUCUGUGCACGUCGAGGGGGGAAACAAUGAGAAUGGUACAAAAGAAGUGGUGGUUGGAAUUGAAGCUCACCAAACUCGGGUAGGUUUGCCUUCAAUUGCUGAGGUACAGUUGGUGGAAGUUCCAUUGUCCCAACAAUUUAAGGACAUGAUAACUCAUAGAGGGAAAGGAAAAACUGCAAAAGCAAAUAAGGGUAGUUGGAAAAGACUAGAUCGUAUAGUGACCUCUACGCUGCAUGCAGAGAACAACACCUAAAACAAGCACAGAAGUUGUCUAACACCUAUGGAGGAAAAGAGAGCCCUUAAAGUGCUUGUAGAUAAUGCUGGGGUGGCUUUAGCCCGG